AUGUUGGCUGGUGUGUGGGUGUCAAACCAAGCUGGAAGCGGCAGCGACUCUUCGGGCUCCAGUCGCUCCCGCCUCCUCAGCUCUACUGGAGGCCGCAGCCGCGCACCCGGGUCGGCCCGGAGGAGCGCAGGGAGCUCUUCCUUUGGUAUCCUCGGAGCCCCGGGCUGCCCGCGCCCGCCGCAGCUCCGGGAGCCCGUCCAGGCCUCGCCGUCCACCUUUCAGCUGGACCCACCCUGCCCCUCCUCCCCAGGCCGGGCGCCCCCGGCCUCGUCCAGGUGCCGGCCGCCCCCCUCUGGGCCGCCGCGGGCCCCCUCCCCUCCGCAGGGACCGGGCUCGCCCUCCCCGCUCCACGGCACAGCAGGGACGGGGGCGGCGGAGCCAGGCUCUAGCUGCCUUUUGUUCCGCGUGGGAUGGCGAGACCCCGCCCCGCGGUCCUGCCGGGCUGGUCGAGAACUGCUACGGUUGGUCCAGCAGUCCUGUACCAGGGUGUUACCCCCUUCUACAGAUGAGGAAACUGAGGCCCAAGAGCAAGGUGGGGCUGGAGGGGGCUCUCAGCUGCCCCUCCUCUCCGGGAAGCUGGUUCCUCGGGUCCGGGCCGGGCGGGGCAGCGCUCCUGCCUGCCGUGUCCCCUACCCUGGACCGUGUCCCCAGGCUGCCCUCGGGGUGCUGCUGAGAAACAUCCUCAGGGGCACACUCUGGGAGGACGCAGGACGUGUUCACAGCCCAGCACUCAUCGCCACCACAGUGACCAGCCAGGUCUAA